AUGCUCCGCUGGGUCUACCCCGUCCGAAUCGUCCAAACUCUGAUUGCCUUGGCAGUAGUCGGGCUCACAGCAUAUGUAAUCGCCUCUCUCCAAGACUCAUGGUCCUUCUCCAAAACGGUAGACUACAUGCUCUUCGCCGGCUGCUGGACAGGUUUCAUCGCAGUACCUUACCUCGAAGCUGCACCGUUAUGGUUCCCGCGCGUGUCGCACGAACUCGUGAUCCCCCUCGUUGAGGUCGUCACCUCCUUGAUCUGGUUCGCUGGGUUCAUCGCGCUGGGCGUGUUAAUUCCCUCGCCUGGCGAGUGUGUGUUUCCGACUUGUCAUGCGCUGCAGGCUGUUAUUGUUCUUUCCUCGGUUGAGUGGGCUCUCUUCGUUGUGACGAAUGUCUAUGCUGUUCUCGAUCUUGUGAACUCGCGGCGCAAGCAUAGUCGCCAGAACAGUCGCCGGAAUAGCGUUGAUGCUGAGGCGCCGCCUGUCUCCGAGGUGGGUGCUCAGCAGCCUGCUGCCUAG